AUGCUAUCGAACAUUGCCGUGGUGGGCUCGCUCUUCGCAGCAAAGACCGUUCAUGCGUUUACUCCUCAUCGCGACCAUUACAGCAACUAUGCGGGCGGUGCAAGCUACGACACCGACAUCGUUGAAGCCAGCGUCGAGAUCGUUCUUCCCAAGUGCUCGGUCGGCCUCCCGAAGUACGACUACGUGACAUACACCAACAACGGCUGGGUCGGCAUAAGUGCAUUCACGGAGGAUUCUGGCCUUCUGCAAACCGGAAUAUCGUGCUACGCUUCCGAGACUGACGGCAAAACAACGCUGUCGUACUCCGCCUGGUCCGAGUGGGUGCCAAAUGAUCCCACCUACUACGAAGACUCUGACUACCAGGCCGGCGAUGUGCUCACGGCCCGUGUAGUUGCCUACAACGAGUCAGCUGGAAUGUCGUACAUUCGCAACCACCGAACUGGCAAGGAGCAUCGCACGCUUUAUACCGAUCAAAAGGUACCUUUGAGCAUGACCGAUGCAGAAUGGGUCGUGGAGUCCCAAUUGCUCGUGACUGAAGCCGGGCUCUCGGGCCAGCGCAAUGCCGGCUUCACCCCUUGGUCUUUUAGCAAUGCCUCAUACAAGAAGAAAGAUGGUUCCACCCACCUCAUGGGAGGCUCGGAGAUAUACAACUGUGUCCUCAACGGAACGCAGAUUUUCACGGCCACAUACGAAGGCCCAGGUUGCCUGCAAGUCAAUGACACCACGCCGGCCGAUUACAAUCCCGGCAGUUGA